GCUGGUGGACCUCGGAGCCAACCGGCCCAACCCUCUCAGAUCGUCAGUCCUCGCCUAGGUUUAGGCUUCCGGCCGCCGCAGCCUCCACGCCACGUCGCCGGGAGCGAAAGGAGAUCACCGGAAGAGGGGCGCGGAGAUGAGCGGGAGCGCGUUCAACGCGUUCAAGUCGCGGGUGCCGGUGGCGUGGAGUCCCCGGCUGUACAUCACUCUGGUGCGGGGCCUCCCGGGGACGCGGCGCCUCCACCGCCGCACGCUCGAGGCCAUGCGCCUCCGCCGCUGCCACCGCACUGUCGAGCACCGCACCACGCCGUCGCUCCUCGGGAUGCUCACCCAGGUGAAGCGCCUCGUCGCCGUCGAGACGGAGGAGAUGUACAACGCGCGGAAGCAGGCCGAGGCGGAGAGGCGCGCGCCCAGACCCCCGCUCGUCGUCUCCCACCACCCGCCGCCGCCGACACCGAAGCCGGCAGCAGCCGCCGCGGAGGGUGCCGCUACCACUGCGCAGUAGCCUUUGGGCAUUGGAAGCCUUUCAUCACAGUUCAGCGGCAUAAUAAUUAACUUGCUUGUGUUUGGGUCUGCUGGUCUCCAGACGAUAGCAUUGGAUGAUCUAGCAACCGAUAUGAUCUCAAGAUCGUUGUAUGGUCCGACUUGCAUUGGGCCUGUAUUUUAGAUUGUUAUAUGGACUGAGGUCAUAGUUUUCCGGCGCCUUUGGCUACAAUCAAGUUCAGUGAUUUGGUUUCAAUUACUAAUUUUUCUGAAAAUGCUCUUUACGAUGUGUAGGCUUCUUGUGUAGUUGAACCAUAGGAGUGCUGGCAUCUAUAUUUGCUCAGUUAUGAUUGUUGAUGUUGGCCAUUA